AUGGUCAAGGAAACGAAGCUCUACGAUUCCCUCAACAUCAAGCCUGAUUCAACCCAGGACGAGAUCAAGAAGGGCUACAGAAAAGCUGCUCUCAAGUGGCACCCGGACAAGAACAAGGACGAUCCUAGCGCCUCCGAAAAGUUCAAAGAAUGCUCACAAGCCUACGAGAUUCUUUCGGAUCCCGAAAAACGCAAAAUCUAUGACGAGUAUGGCCUCGAAUUUCUGCUGAGAGGUGGUGCACCUCCUCCUGAAGGCAGCGGGGGUCAAGGUACCCCGUUCGCCGGUGGAGGUGGCAUGCCCCCAGGCUUUGACUUUGGCGGCAUGGGCGGCGGCCCAGGCGCCCGCACAUUCCAUUUUUCCACCGGUGGAGGUGGCGCUGGCGGGCAUAGCUUCUCAAAUGCCGAUCGCAUCUUCCAGGAAUUCAUGCGCUCCGGCGGAAUGGGCGGAAUGGGCGGCAUGGGUGGGAUGCCAGGCAUGAGCGACGACUUUGAGGGCUUUGAGGGCUUUCAAUCAUUUGGAGGCUCCGGCCGCCCUGGUCGUAACAAGCCAAGAGGCAGUGGCAGUGGCCGCCCACGAGACGGCACACCAGAAAUUUCUACUGUUGAGCGACCGCUUCCCGUAACACUGGAAGAGCUCUUCAAUGGUGUCGAAAAGAAGAUGAAGAUUAAGCGCAAGACAUUCGACGAAACCGGAAAGCGCAUCCAGUCUGACAAGAUUCUGAGCGUCCCUAUCAAGGCCGGACUGAAGAAAGGCUCUAAGAUCAAAUUUAGUGGCGUCGGCGACCAAGUCGAAGGUGGCCGCCAAGACUUGCAUUUUGUUGUUGAAGAGAAACCACACCCCAUUUACAAACGAGAAGACAACGACCUGAUUCAAACCAUCACUCUCGAUCUAAAAGAGGCUCUGACAGGCUGGAAGCGAACCGUAUCUACGAUCGACGGCAAGCAGAUCAAUUUGGACAAGAGCGGGCCGACUCAACCGGGGAGCGAGGACCGCUAUCCUGGUCUAGGGAUGCCUUUGAGCAAAAAGCCCGGCGAGAGAGGUGAUUUCAUCAUCAAGUACAAGGUCAACUUCCCGUCUUCUUUAUCGGCGGCGCAGAAGAACAAGCUCAAGGAGAUUCUAUGA